AUGAAUGCAAAUAAUUGGACCUUAGUCACAGAAUUCAUAAUCCUUGGUUUUCCUAAUGUCCGUGAAGUGGAACUGCUAUUUUUCUUCCUCUUUCUCCUGAUGUACAUGCUUAUGCUUGUUGAGAAUAUUAUCAUCAUAUUGGUGAUUCAACUGGACUAUCGACUUCAAACCCCCAUGUAUUUCUUCAUUGGAAAUCUCUCUUCUUUGGACAUUGCUUUCACUACUGUCACUGUGCCUAAAAUGUUGGCCAACAUUGCCACUGACAACAGAACAAUAUCCAUCCCUAGUUGUUUUACUCAACUCUACAUCUUCUAUUUUCUCGGUUCCUCUGAAUGUUUCCUGCUAGCAUCGAUGGCUUAUGACCGAUAUCUAGCUAUUUGCAACCCGCUCCAGUAUACCACUCUGAUGAAUAAGCGCACAUGUGUUUUGCUGGCCUUCUGUUCCUGGUUUGGUGGCUUCCUGGCACCUGUGUUGCCCACGACCUUCCUUUUCCAACUUCCUUUUUGUAGAUCAAAUGUCAUCAACCAUUUCUUCUGUGAUGCUCCACCUAUACUGAAACUCUCCUGCAAGGACAUAUUUGUGGCUGAAGUUAUCAAUUUCAUUGUGGGGUCAGUUGUGUUGCUAUCCUCCUUCUCCUUCACAAUUGUCACAUAUAUCUUUAUCAUUAACACUAUACUGCACAUCCCUUCGGCUGAGGGGCAAAAAAAGGCAUUUUCCACAUGUGGUAUGCAUCUCACCAUUGUCUUCAUAUUCUUUGGUACCACCAUCUUUAUGUACAUCCGCACAAAGACAAUCCAUGCUUUUAACUUCAACAAGAUAGUCUCUGUGUUCUACUCUGUUGUAACGCCUGUCCUUAACCCUAUCAUCUAUAGCCUGAGAAAUAAUGAUAUUAAAGAAGCAAUGUUGAAUAUGCUGUUCUACAGGAAGGGAUCCAUGUUCAGGUGGUAA